UUUAACCGCGUUGGACAUUCCGGGGGCGGGGGGGCUGGGGGAUAUACCGCGUGAGACACCGCGAGGGUAAUUAAAUGCGCGCGUGAGAUAAUCGGAUGAGCUGCGCUAUGGAGUAUCAGCAAUUGGCGCCACCGCCGGUACCAGCUGGGGUGCUGCACACCCAGGCGCACCAUCCUCAGCCCCAGCAUCAGCAGCAGCCGGUGCAGCCGCCGCAGCAUCCGCACAUCGUAGUCGCGCCGGCUCAUCAGCAGCCGCAAUCCCAACAACCACCGCCACCACCCCUGCCGCCGACCUCCCACGGCCACCAAGUGCACCCGCCGCUACCGCCCAUCCACGAAGACAGCACGAGUUCCAGGUGGUCCCAGUACCAGCACUUGUGGAGGCAGCAUCAUGUUUACAUGAACGGGAAACAAGGUAAAGAUGGGCCAGAGGAAAAGAAGGAUGCCGACGGUGAACUUUGGGGCAACGUGGAAGCGCAGGCCGCCUUUCUUGGGCCCAACCUCUGGGACAAAACUUUGCCUUACGAUGCCGACCUGAAGGUAUUGAACCAUUACGUCGAUCUCGAUGAGUUUCUUUCCGAAAACGGCAUCCCCGUCGACGGUGUGGCUGGUGGUGGACAGGGUGCUAUGCAAGGUAGCCAGCUCCAUAAAAUCAACAACACCGAGGCCGCCGGGCAUCAGGGACCAGCGGGUCUCCACUUGGAACCAGUUACCAAGCGUGAGAGAUCACCAUCGCCAAGCGAAUGCUGCUCGCCGGACACCCUGAACCCACCCUCUCCCGCGGAUUCCACGCUCUCGAUGGCCUCAUCGGGGCGAGACUUCGAUCCACGUACCCGGGCCUUCUCUGACGAGGAACUCAAACCCCAACCUAUGAUCAAGAAAUCGCGGAAGCAGUUCGUUCCGGAUGACUUGAAGGAUGACAAAUACUGGGCGCGUCGUAGGAAGAACAACAUGGCAGCGAAACGAUCGCGAGACGCGCGUCGCAUGAAGGAGAACCAGAUAGCACUCAGGGCCGGUUUCCUCGAGAAAGAGAAUAUGGGUCUGCGGCAGGAGCUGGACCGAUUAAAAAAUGAGAACAUGUUGCUACGCGACAAACUGAGCAAGUACACGGACGUCUAACACCCCGUCGUCGAUCAUGCACCAGCUCGAGCGACACGCAAAGAGAGAGAGAGAAGAGACGCGAACACGAGGGUGGACAUCACAUCCCUCGGCUACUACUUCCUCGCUUAUAGUCGCAGCACAUAGCAGCCUUCGCCUCCGUGGAAGAAGCGAAGGGGAUGCGGAGCAUGUUGACGAGUACCAACUCCCGAACCGACUGCCGCCGCCCUAAAGCCGACAACCAACCAACCUUCCUCAGAAAUUUCCGAAAAUCCUAUUCUCUAUCAUUCUCUUUCUCUCCUUCUCUUACUCUCGGAUAAAAUUCUUAUUGAAUCCUCGCUCCUUGUCCUGCUCUAGAAAACUCCACUUGUAAAUAGUUAUAUGUAUAGUUAGAUUAUAUACACACAUACACACAUACGCGCGUUAUGUAUA